ACACAAAGAAAGGAAGAAGUCAAUGAAUGUAUAUUCUCCUUUGGAUCAUCACAUAAUAUCAAAUCCCAUCAAAGCUAUUGCCGAUUGUCAUUGCUAAGAUCUUGACGUUUUUUUUUUUUUUUAAUCAUCGAGUAGAUUUAGCACACAGAGAGUGACGAGAAGAGGAGUUGGUCCAAGAAGAAUUUGUACGAUGGCUUCGAGCCCAACAGAUGUUAUAGAGAGUAAAUUGGUGUUCUUUAGUGAGGAUGGCUCUGGAGAAUAUGGACUAGAGGAGUUGCUGGGAUCAUCGGCCGAGGUGUUGGGAAAGGGGACUUUUGGAACAAGUUACAAGGUUCCAAAAUAUGCUGUGGUCGUCAAGAGAUUGAAGAUUAUUGGUUGUUUAUCUGAGAUGGAAUUCAUAGAGAAAGUUAAAGAGUUGAGAUCUCAAUUUCUUCAUCAAAAUCUGCUUCCUCUUAAAGCAUUUUGUUAUCAUCCGAAUGAGAGAUUUCUUCUGUAUGAUUAUAUGCACAUGGGAAGCUUGGCUUUUGUUUUGCACGGGAAUGGAGGUGCAAAUAAGACUCCUCUCACUUGGGAAGUAAGGUGUAGCAUUGCCUAUAGAGUUGCUAGUGCUAUCCAAUAUCUCCAUUCACAACACAUUUUCCAUGGGAACGUUCGAUCAUCCAACGUUUUUCUUACCAGUUCUUUUGAUGCAUAUCUCUCCGAGUAUGCCCUUGCCCAACUUUUCUCGGACACAAAACCUAUACCAAACCUCGUAAUUGGUUAUUGUGCGCCCGAGGUGACAAAUGCACACCAAGUUUCUCAGAAGUCCGAUGUUUAUAGCUUUGGCGUCCUUCUCUUUGAACUUCUAACUGGCAAAGCUCCCACAAAUGCACUUAAUGUCAAGGAAAAGGGUACUGACCUACCCAAUUGGGUGAGAUCCAUGUUUCAAGAGAAGCCCCUAAUUGAUGUGUUUGAUAAUGUGCUACAUGGCUACUAUAACACUUCUGGCAUAGGGGAGCAAAUGGUACAGCUGUUACAGCUUGCUUUGUGUUGUACAUUUCAGUAUCCUAAUAGGAGACCUUCGAUGGCUGCUGUCACAAAUCAGAUAAGGGAAACGUGUAGUUUUGAAACAUGAUGAAAAAUUGAAAAUGUUGGUCAUUGAACAAAUUAUAUUCUACUUUUUAAUUUA